GAGUGAAAUGUGUAAAACGUUAGGUAGAGGCUGAAUUUAGGACUAAACCGAGACUAAAACAGUUUUUGUUACAUUUUCUUGUGUUUUUGGAGUGCCUCUAUUCCAGUUCAUAAAUUAAUGUACAUUUUAGUUUGGUUGUUUUCUAAACCCCUAUUAUAAUGUCUGAACAUGAGAAAAUAAAAACACUGUGUUAGAAAACAUCUAUCAUAAUCUUGACUAUCGCCAUAUGGUUUGUAUGCAUGUGUUGAGCUCAGCACGCACUGUGAUGCUGGCAUGGCACCCUGCUAACACCCACAUGUCCAUGUCAGUGCCUCUGAUGAGCUAAUCUAGCGGUCAGCGUGGUGACGGGAUCCCCGGCCGAGAGAUGUCCUUCUUUAAGAGCUUCCAGCAGAACCUUCCAUCUGUCAACAUUUCCUCCCUCUUGGACACAGUCACCAGCCGCGUGGAUGACCUGGCCAACGCUGUCAGCGACGCCACAUAUGCCGUCAGCGACCAGCUGACCGAGCAGGUCACCACUAUCAUCAGCAAGGUGCAAGAUGAGGAAGAUGUGGAAAACAGUGGCCUGGAUUCUGGUCAGACUUCCACAGCACAGGAAGGAGGAAGAAAGGCCAGCAACGCAGCGUCAAAGACCAACCAGUCCAGUGAUACUAAAGAGGCUGAGGGCGCGCCGAGCCAGCAGGAGUGGGAAUGGAGGGACGGAUGCUGGCGAGUUAAAAAGACAGAAGCUGAGUUAGCAGAGGAAAAGAAGAGGAAGAAAGAGGAGAUGGAGCUGCAGGAGAAGAAAGAGCAGAGGAGAAAAGAAAGGAGAGAAAAGCAGCUGGAGAAAGAAGCCAAAGCACAGAAGAACAAAGAAGAAUCCCCAGAUGGAGAGCAAGAGGAGGAAGCUGAUGCUUUAGAGAAAACCAACACCAGUAGUGGACAGGGCAGAAAGACGAGUGACAGCGGAGACCACUCCACCGCUCAGCAACGAGACGAUGAUGACUGCGUCAAACCUCCUCCAUCACCUGGUCCUGAGACUGAAAGCGGGUUAUCAAAACAGAAAAAGCAAAAAGAAGAGGAAGAGGUAGAGGUGGCAGACAGCCUUGAGAGAGAGGGAGAUGACGAGGAAGAGGCUGAGCUUUCUAGAUCUUCCUCAACAAUGAAAAAGAAAAAGUCAGACAAGAAAAAGAGGAAAGAAGAAAAGGAGGGUUCAAAGAAAUCGGAGGAAGCCUCAGACGUGGAGAAAAAGAAGGAGAAGGGGAAGAAAAGCAAGAAGAAAAAGAAAGCAAACCAAGAGGGAGUUUUAUCAGGCAGUGAGGAGGACACAGGGCCCGGGGCCGGGGCCCAGCAGAACCCAACUUCUGCGUGGAGAAACAAACGCAAACAGUCCACUGAGCAGGGCGGCUACAGCAGUGAAGCCUCCAGCGAACGGGCCAGCAGCAUCCAGAGAAUAAAGAAGAAUUCGUCCCUCAGUGAUCCCCAGCCUCCUCCGUACCAGGACAAGGGCUCGGCGCCGCGCGUGUCCUCUCAUUCCCGCUCGGAGCGAGGGGUCCGGAGGGGGUCGUCCCCCCAGCACUGCGACAGCCCCCGCUGCUCCAGUGAGGCCAGUGUGGACCAGGACACUGAGAGCUACCUAAACAAAGGCUGUGGGGAGGACAUUCCCAGUGACAGCACGGCUGUGCUGGGACCAGAGGACGGCUUUGGUUCUCAGCUCCCUACAGCCUACGAGCCAGAGCCACUUGCCAAAUACGGGACACUGGACGUCGCCUUUGAGUACGACUCCGGUGAGCAGUGGUUGGCCGUCACAGUCACCGCGGCAACAGACAUCCCUGCUCUCAAACAGACGGGCAACAUUGCGUGGCAGGUCCACCUGGUCCUGCUGCCCACCAAGAAGCAACGGGCCAAGACCGGCGUGCAGAAGGGUCCGUGUCCAGUCUUCACGGAAACAUUCAAGUUUUCCAGGGUGGAACAGGAGGCCCUGGGGGACUAUGCUGUUCGCUUCCGCCUGUACAGUAUCAGGCGGAUGAAAAAGGAGAAGGUCCUGGGCGAGAAGGUGUUCUACCUGACUAAGCUCAACCUGCAGGGCAAGAUUGCUCUGCCUGUCACCCUGGAGCAGGGCUCUGAACUUACAGGUUGCGGCUCUGUGGUGAGCGUGUCUCGCAGUGCAGGAGCUCUGUCCUGUCGCUCUACUGAAGACUCUUCCUUGCCAGAGAUCCUCCUGGGUCUCCUCUACAACUCUGCCACGGGCCAGUUAUCUGCUGAGGUCAUCCAGGGAAGCCACUUCAAAUCCACAGCGUCUGAUAAACCCGUCAACGGUCUGUUCUGUUGUAUAAAACACUUCGUAGGGGGGCAGCUUUAUAUCAUGAGAGACACCUACGUGAAGCUGACCAUGCUGGACUCCAAGGGGAAAGAGAUGUCCAAGUGUAAGACGGCCAUGUGCCGCGGCCAGCCCAGCCCCACCUACAAGGAGACGUUUCUGUUCCAGGUGGCGCUCUUCCAGCUGUCCGAGGUGUCCCUGGUGCUGUCUGUGUUCUGCCGCCGGAGCAGCAUGAGGCCCAGGGAGAGGCUGGGCUGGGUGUCCCUGGGCCUCAACAGCACCGGCGAGGAGCAGCAGGCCCACUGGACAGAGAUGAAAGAGGCGGAGGGACAGCAGGUCUGCCACUGGCACACACUUACCGACACAUAGGAGGACGAUUAAUGCAGAGUGACAUUAACAACAUUCCCUAUGUGUGUGUGUUGCAUACAGGUGUGAGGGCAGGCAUGGGUUUCCUGCCUUCACUGCCAGAGACUGCAUAAAUACCCUUUAAUCUGCCACUUCUCUCUGAGGGAGACAGACUGACUUUAUAGGUGGAGGUGUAAGCUCCAGCACCAGCCUAUAAAAAGCCAGUGGCAGACUGAAAAUGAAUGACAUUAUAAUCACUGAACUAACUAAGAACACGAGGAGGUUUUCCAGUAAUUCUGCCUACAGCAAGAUCUGCAUGUACACUGACUGUUUACAGGACAAUGUUUUCUGUUUUUGAAUCUUGGGACCAAAGAGCUCGGUCCAUGACUAGCGGACUCCUCCCUGUCUCUUCUGGGCUUCUCUGGACUUCAGCUGCCACCAGCAUACCAGACAUUUCUCUAUCAGUCAUAGCCAUUGACACAAGGGAAGGCAAUGAAAAGACUGUUACAAAGGGGCCUACAACAUGCUGCAACUAUGCUUCCAAGCUAUGCUUUGUACAGUUUGUUUACAUGUAAAUGGCAUUAUGCAAGAUCCAUUCAUAGGUUUUCCCUUUUAUGUUUUUGGAUUAUCAGUCAAAUGGUUUACCAGAUUUAUGGUUGUCUCUCUGGGGUAUGCAAGACGGUUUCUUUUUUCUUCUUCUUUUUUUUUUUUUAAAUGUGGUCUUUCAUAACUUGGUACACUAUGCAUCUGACGCCACUUUAAACGAGAGGAAUGAAAUGCUGUUUUGCGCUCGCUGAGUCUCUUACAGAAUUGGACACAGCUCUGCAUACCACUGGUAUCAAAGAACAGCUUCCUGUCCUGUGUAAUACAGACCGAGCCAGUUUCACCAUUCAGCCUUCUGACAACUCAGCCAUGUUCAUUCAUGCAGAAACACACGGUGCUUCCCGCUAAGGAGGAAUAUGCAAAAGCCGGCGCAGUCCAAUAAUCCUGGCUGCUUCUCUGAGGCCGAGAGAGCAGUCGAGGCUGUGAAUUGAGUUGGAGUGGCAAAAUGAAAUUACUGUACGAAAAAACAAAACAAGUAAAUCAUAUUUUCUGAUUACAAGUGAAUGGAUGAGGGAUUAUUAAAUACAAGCUAAAAUAAAUGAAUAUAUUGUCCAGAAGUGUGAGAAAUCUGGUUUCUGCGCUGUUUUAAUCUGGAACAAAGCCAAUCUUUAAACCCUCAUCAGAAAAGAAAAGUUAUGAGUCAGAAUUAGGAGAUGAAUAAAAACCAGAUGUCUAGUAUUCCUGCCGGAUAAACAAUUGGCUUUUGUUUAGAAAGGGGAAUAUUAGCCAAUGGAGUGCAUUUUGCACAAUUUGUGCGUUACCAGCCUUUACAACCAUUGGAGGAAUAUUUGGACAUUUUGGGAAAAGACUUAUACCGCUCUCAUGUCUGUCUGAUAAAUAUGAAGCUCUGACAGUUAGCUUAUAGACAACAGUUAGUUUAGCAUGAAGACAGGAAAUAAGAGUAACAGCUACCCUGGAUCUUGUCAAAAUCCGCCUACCAGCAUCUCUAAAGUAACAUUGUAUCUUGUUUGUCAUUUUUACAUUUUGCUUGUUAUGGAUAAAAUAAUUUGUCGUUGCACAGGGAGUUAACAGUAAUGUAAUAAACUAUUUCUCAGUCUGGACCAGUAAGGCCUGGCAGUUUCUGCUGGUUCAUGUCCAACAAAUAGUCUGGCCCAUAAGCCCCCCAUAAAAGGGCUAAUUGUACACAUCAGUUUUAAAUGGAUUAAAUAUAAUGUGUUAUUUUAUGAGCUUAAGAUGUGCUGGUAGGCGGUUGUUUCCUUUAGACAGAGCCAGAACAGCCAUUUACUCGUGUGUCAAGUCUUAAGGCUACGCUGUCUAGCUGUAGCUUCAUUUUCACAAAGCAGAAGUCACAAUCUUCUCAUCAAGCAAACCAACUCUGUUGAAAAAAAUAAAAGCAAAUAAAACCUGUUUUCCAAAAGGUCGAACAAAUUCUAAAGCUAUGAUUUUACUUUCCUUAUUUUGAGACAUUAUCACAGUCAAAGUGUGCAGGAAUGUGUUUUGGAAAUAUGGAGAAAAUAAUGAGGCCAUAAAUCAGAUAGUGUUUGAUCAAUGUUUUUAUUUCCAUUAAUCUGGCCUUCAACGGUACGUUCGACUCUGUCAUCAGUCAUCGUCGUCAGUCUGGCACAACGCGAGCAGCGUUGCAGGUGGCUGCAGCCUCGCACAAAGUCGUGGAUCAGACCCAGGAGCACAAAGUUUCACAACUCCUAACACCUAGCAGAGUGACUGCGGCCUUCCAGGGAAAUGGAUCCUGAUCUGAGCCAUGGAAAACCAGCUGUGCCACAGACCCUAGGGGGGGGGGGGACCGGGGACUGGAGGCGUGGGAGGUUCUGACUUCCAAAAUACCAGCUGAUCCUAUCUAUGCCCCAGGGCAGGUUUCAUCAGCCAGGUCGUUACGAGGCCCUGGAGCUCCCAUAAAGGUGUUCAGGUGUGAUGAGGUUAGGAGGUUAGGUUUUUCCAAGCCUGGUGCAGCAGGACUGGGAAUUUGGAUUUCUUUCAGCUGUAUUGCUAUUUUACACCAGUGUAAGUAGCAGUUUGGCUUGUCAUUUGUCCCUUUUUGCUAAAAUGCUGAACAAAUAUUAUAUUUCACUGGAGGGGCGUGAGAGCAGCAGCAGCAGCAGCCACCUGGAGCAGGUAGAGAUAUGUCUUUAAGGACCAGACUUUACCGCGUGUCCACUGACUGUUGCACAUGCUCGGUUUAUGGCAUUCUGUAGAAAUGGAGAUUCCUCAGAACCAGGUCCUCUGCCUGAGCGCUGCUCUCAGGUCAGUCGAGCAUUCAGUGGCACAAGCUAGUUUUCCUCGGCAUUGAAAUAAGCGGACGGCUCUAUCAGGUCGGGACCUCUUUGCGAUAAGGAAUAAUAAACUACAAUGUCUUGUCUUUUCAUUGAAUGUCAUUUUAUUGAAUGUGUCAUUAUCAGUUUUAAAAAAAUCUUUUUUUAAUAAUAUAUUCAAUAAAUAUACAGGAACCAUGGA